CCCUUCCACAAUCCCCAUCACAAAACAAAAAACAACUAACGGGAAAAAGAAAAAGAAUUCGAACGUUAAAGAAAACGACAAACAUGUCUUGCACUGUCGCUCUUUCAAAUUCGCCGGUUUUCUCACCGUCUAGGGUUCCGUCACCGUCAUCUUCUCCUUCACCUUCUUCUCCGUCAUCAUCACCGUUAAGGAUUCUUCGUAUACAGAAAGCGCCGUUAAGUAACCUUAUUAGAGCUUCUAAUACUGAUUGUUCUACUAAUACGGUUUUGAAGAGGAAGAGACCGACUAGGUUGGAUCUUUCUGUUGUGGGUUCCAUGAGUUUUGGGAAUUUUAAGGUGGAUACUAAUCCGGGUCGGGUUGAGGAUUUGGUUGAGGUUGAAGGAGAGGGGUAUAGUGUUUGUUGUAAAAGAGGGAGAAAAGGUGCUAUGGAAGAUCGUCACUCUGCUUUGGUUAAUUUCCAAGGAGAUUCCAAACAGGGUGUUUUUGGUAUAUUUGAUGGUCACGGAGGAGUAAAAGCUGCGGAGUUUGCAGCAGAGAACUUGAAUAAGAACAUUAUAAAUGAACUAGAAGGAAAGACAACAGAUGACGAAGUUGAGACGGCAGUGAAAAAUGGUUAUCUUAAAACAGAUUCUGAAUUUCUCAACCAGGAAGCUCGGGGUGGAUCGUGUUGUGUAACAGCAUUGAUCCAAAAAGGCAAUCUAGUUGUAUCUAAUGCUGGUGAUUGUCGUGCUGUUGUGAGCAGAGGAGGGAUUGCUGAGGCAUUGACCUCUGAUCAUAAGCCUUCAAGGCAAGAUGAGAAAGAUAGAAUUGAGGCAUCGGGUGGCUAUGUAGAUUGUUGUCAUGGUGUUUGGAGAAUUCAGGGAUCUCUCGCUGUAUCAAGAGCUAUCGGGGAUCAGUACCUUAAACAAUGGGUAAUGGCAGAACCUGAGACGAGGAUUCUUGAACUUAAUCCUGAAUUGGAAUUCCUAGUCCUUGCAUCUGAUGGUUUGUGGGAUACGGUUAGCAAUCAAGAAGCAGUCGAUAUUGCUCGGCCUUUGUGCACUGGUGUCAGUACGCAGCAGCCCUUGUCAGCAUGUAGAGAGCUCAUUGACCUCUCUGUUUCUCGAGGUUCACUUGAUGAUAUAAGUGUGAUGAUAAUUCAACUGGGACAAUUCUGUUGACGGUUCCUCAUUUUAGGUUAGGAAAAUAACAACUGCUUACUGCCACAGGAUUCUUUCUCACUAACUCGCAUGCGAGUUGCUAGCUAGAGAUUAUAACUAGAAUAACAGUUAGAUCAGUUUAAUAGUAUGAGGUUUUAACCCUGUAAAUCGAAUUGCUCUCAGAUUCUUUAUUUCCCCCUUGAUUCGGGUAUAUAAUUCACUUGUCAUGAGACUUCAGGUCAGGUGCAAUGAUGGGCAAAACCCCUUUUUAUCCA